UCCAGUGAGAGGCAGCCAAACACACUACAGCAGUCCACAGGGAGCUCAGAGCUGCUGCUUCUCCACUGUUUCUGAGGAUAUACAUUAAAGAAGAAGCAAUCAUGAGGGUCGGUCUGCUGCAAACUCUGAUAGCAUGUCUGCUGUUAUAUUCGGCAUCCUUCGAUACAGUCCACGCUUCUGCUGAAACGCCUCCAAUGACGUCAGCUGCUUUGACCACACCUCUGGAUACCACUUCCCAACCCUCACCAUCAACUACUAGCAUCAGCCUAACCAGCAAUACAUCAUCUGACCCUACUUCAGGGCCUCAGUCAACAAGUAGUAAAGUUUUAUCUACCACACCCAGCAACAUCACCAGCCCCAACACAGCCCAAACGAGUGGCACAACCAACGCUGCCCAAACCACCGAUGAAAACGGCACCACCGGAGCCGCCAGCACCACUCAACUCAGCGAUGCCACCAACAACCCCACAACCACUGACGCAACCAGUGCAACCCCCGGCACUACUCAGACGAGUGACACCACUGACACAACCAGUGCAACCCCCAGCACCAAUCAAAUGAAUGACACCACUGAUGCAACCAGUGCAACCCCUGGCACUACUCCAAUUACUGGCAGCACCAGCGCAACCAGUGCAACCCCCAGCACCAAUCAAAUGAAUGACACCACCGACGCAACCAGUGCAACCCCCAGCACCAAUCAAAUGAAUGACACCACCGAUGCAACCAGUGCAACCUCCGGCACUACUCAAAUUACUGGCAGCAGCAGCGCAACCAGUGCAACCCCCGGCACUACUCAAAUUACUGGCAGCACCAAUGCAAACACCAAACCAACUGAUGCUAUCACCACCAGCACAGCCAAACCCACAACCAGAAUCACCACUGGCUCCAAAACCACCGAUAGCACCACUUCCCAAAACACCAAACCAACCGAUGCUACGGGUGGCACCAGCGGCACCCAAGCCACUGGCAGUUCCCAAAACACCAAACCAACCGGUACCUCCAAAGCCAGCACCACUACCACUCGGACAAAUGAGGGACAGAAGCCCGAGGCUCUGAGCUCAGGAAGUGUUGUAGUCAUCGUUCUAGCGUUCAUUGCACUGGUUGUCCUCGUGCUGGGAGGAGUUUACUACUACAAGUUCAGAGGGCCAUCCUACGGACGUCUAAUGGAAAGCAGCGAAUACGGCACUUUAGGAAACUUCAGCAACCCCAUGUUCGACCCUUGAAUCUUCACAUUCCACCCCUAAUUCCAGUAAAACGUAAAGUCCUCAACCUGCAGAUGGAGCCACUCUGAUCACGACAGUAUGUGAGCAAUGAGUUUAGGACGGUCAGAUUCUGUGAGACGUCUGGUUGUUUGGAUGCCAAACAAAAUGCGACGUUUCUCCUGACCAUUUUUGUUUUAUUACUUUUAUUAUUGGAAGUACAGUAGCAGCUUUUUCUCAGGUGGCUUUUCAAACAGCUCAGACAGUUUGUAAUCACAUUCCAAGUGCACCAGUGGACACUUUGUUGUUUAUUAAGCAUAAAUGUGAGGACUAAGACUUGAAAAUGUCUCAGAUUAAGAUUGAACUAGCCAUAUUAAGUGUGUAUUUUUAAUAAUAGGCAUAAGGCAGAGACAGAGACUGACCUUUUAACAGGAAAACCCACAGAGUCCUGCUGAAGUGGUCUGGAGCAAAGCACUGAAACCUCACCAGCUCUAAGAGGCACAUUUAAACAAAACAGGUGAUUUUGAAAAGAUUUUCUAAUCUCAUUUCCAUUAAAUGUGGCCUUAAUCAAACAUGGGGUAGAGAACUGCCUCUCUCAUCUCUGAUCAAUUCUAUUUAUGUGUUUAUAUUAUUGAAUGUUAUUGGUGUAAAUUUUCUUCAUGUUUCUGUGAAAUUCUGUGAUCUGCAGCUCAGCCAGGCUGCAGUUUUGAUUGUGGUUUUCCUUGAGUGAUGAGAUUUAAAGCUUUUUAUUGUGUGAUUAAAUCACUUGUGCAAUAGAAGUGACGGAGGUAGUUACUGUGAUUUCUAUCCAUUAUGGUCCACUUUGGUCCAGACUGAAAUAUCUCAGAAUCCACUGAGUGUAUAGUCAGGAAAUUUUGCACUGAUGUUCAAGGUCCCUGAAAUAAAAACCUACUGCCUUCAUGAA